UAUUAGUGAGGUCUCAUGAUCUGGUCACAUGGUUCGCGUCCAUGCGGUGGCAGCGGAACACAGAAAGAGUUUGGGAGCAGAAGAGAGAUGAGGAGAGGCAGAGAACACCGCCCUGAAGAAGAGAAUUCAUUAAAACUGUACUGAAACAUCAACCACAGAAGACUCUGUGGUAUGAAAGGCUAAAUGGAAAGCGGAAUGAGCUAAAAUGCGUUUAGUGAUCAUGAAAGCCGGCAAGGUGAAAUUAUGCGCGUCGCUUUGCGUGUGGCUUGGAAUAGUUACCUGGAUUGGGAAUGUGAAGUUGCAUCUUUUGUCCGUAUUUGUUCAACAAGACACAGAUCGAGGGGUUUUGUACUCUGUUGCAAAUAACCAGGUAAAUAAUACUAAAAUAAACGCACAAGGAACGCGAGGUGGAAAAAGUUUUAAUAUUGGCUCUGCGUUGAUUCUGGAUAACGUGAUUGAGCAGCGGGUGUUCUGGAGCGCGUGGCUUGAAGCUCUGGCCACUCGUGUUUUUGGCGUGGAGCACGAGAGGAAGUGGAGAGAGCGGGUUCGGGACGCUCGGGUGGUGGCACUGGAAGCGGGCUGCGGCAGACCCACAAACCGCCUCGCGAGCUUCGCCGACGGCACUAGAGCAUGCGUGCGGUACGGCAUCGACGCGGAUCAAGUGCUGGGCGAAACGCUCUCCUAUUAUCUGGCGGAGCUGCUUGGGAUAUCCAACCUUCCACCCUUGUCGCUUUCCAAACUGAACCUGUCCAGUGAGCAGUGGGCAAGUGUCCGGGAAAAUAUCGAGGUGUUAGAAUGGUCGCCAAAUGCCAUCGUGUCUCUCACCGAGUUCAUCCCAAAUGUCACAGGAGUGUUUAUUCCAGUUCAUUUACAAAAACAGCAGCAACUUUCUGCUGAGAGUCUAUCGAACAUGACUUUAUCAUACUUGCUUGAACUGAUGCAGUGGAGCGAUUUAAUCCUGUUUGAUUAUUUAACGGCCAACUUUGAUCGAAUCGUCAGUCAUAUUUUCAGCCUCCAGUGGGACGCGCGCGUAAUGGAGAGGACCACUAAUAACCUUCUCAAAACAGGCAAUGGAAAUUUGCUUUUUAUUGACAACGAGGCGGGGCUUGUUCACGGAUACAGAGUGCUUGACCUGUGGGAACGAUAUCACAAGAUACUGCUGAGCUCGUCGUGUAUGUUUCGGAGAAGUACAGUACGACGAGUGUCUGAACUGAAGCGCUCUGGAAACAGCGCAAAGCUGUUGUAUGAACUGUACCGCGCGAGGGAGCCGCUGGCGCGGGAGCUGGGCUCUCUGUCUGAGGAGCACGCGCUCACAUUGCAGAGCAGGAUUGAUGUCGUUUACAAACAUAUUAAACUGUGCACAGAAAUCAUGUAGACAUGUCAUGUGCGAGUUCAGGUGUUUCCAUUCCCUACUGAAAAAUCCAGCUUAAACCAGCCU